AUGACACCCCAUGCGAAUAAAUUAGUUGAUCCUUCGUUAUGUACUUGUCUUCCUGGCUCUUAUCGACAUGCAAUAUUCAGCAAUGUAAAAUGGUCUACUCUAUCGAUUGUUACAGCAUUACUGAUCAUCAUCGUCUACCUGAGCAGUGGUUUAUAUGCUCUGGUUGAUGUAACAACAAUGUCAUCGGGAAAAGCGUACACAGAUGGUGGUAUUUUUUGGGCGAUCGCAUCCUCUUCAAUGAUGAUUAUUUUUGGAUGGAUGUUAGUGGCAAUUUAUUUCGGUGUUGUCCUUCUCAUCAUUCUUCUGCUUUGUGGCAUUCAAUUAGAAAAGGCGUGGCUUUUAUUUGUUUGGUCUAUUCUGAUGGUAUUCAUGCUGUUAGCUGAUGGUAUUGUUACGGUUCUAUCUCUUCGAGAAAAUCAACAACAGAAUUAUCGACCAAUCAAACAAAUCAAAAUUCUUUUUUUCGUUAUGAUUAUUCGUCUCAUUGUUUCGCUAUGUGGAAUAUUUGUGACCAUCUUUCACUUUCGUCGUUUAAGUAAAGUCCAAUCGGACGAAAUAAAUCGACAAAGAAUGCUAGAGCGAUACAAUGCAGAAUCUUCUUCGUCGACGUAUAAUGAAUCAAACGAACAUUCGUCUGCGCCUUUGUAUGCAUCGAAAGAUACUAGUGGUGAUCGUUACUUUGCAGAACUUUUUCCUCCUGUUUCGUUGCCAAGAGCGAAUGUUGGGCAAAUGCAAUCUCAACCGACAUCGGCCCUGUUUCACACUUAUAAUGGUCACUCAGAUAAUCACAUGCAAUCUCAACGUCGAGCAUUGGACAGAUACAGGAAUGAUUUUCGAUACAAUGUACCAUUACAAGAAAGGUUUCACGAACGAGAAAUACUUAGUGCACAAAACUAUUAG